GUAAUUAAUUUUCACUGGGCACUUACAUCUGUUAUCGUGUUAGUGGUCUAACAUUUUAGACUGAAUGCAAAUUAAAUACAAGUUAAACGGGAGUGGCAUAAAUACAGACUAUCCGAAGUUACAGGCAGGAAGAAAAGAAGAAGGCAAAUUUAAGGAUGGAGUGGAUUUCUCGUAUGAAUAUUUUCAAUCGAUUACACAUUUAGUAGUGCUCUGUCGAAGUAUCAAACCUAAGUUAGAGAAUAUUUCAGCGUUAGUUUUGUAGAUGUAUCCCUCUCAUAUUCAGAGGGCAUUAACCGAAGCUACACGCUAGGCGUCAAACUUGACAGAGAUAACAGCAUGUCUGCUUUACCACUGUCCUGUUGGGCUAAACUCCAAUGGAGAUCACACACCAUAAGGGCACUUCUACAAAAGACUACAUGUAUUUAUCCCAACCAAGACUCCAGGCGUCACAGCUCUGGACAGCAGAGAAGGAGAGUUGUUAUUACUGGCAUUGGGUUGGUGUGUCCUCUGGGCACAGGGACUGCUCUGCCCUGGGACCACUUGAUUCAAGCCCAGAGUGGGAUUGUUGCUCUAGACUCAGAGGAGUACAAGACUGUUCCCUGUAAAGUGGCUGCUCUGGUAAGCAGAGGAACUGAAGAGGGCCAGUUCAAUAAGGAAAGGUUUGCCUCUCGUGGGGAGAUCAGCAGCAUGUCACCAGCCACUGUGAUGGCCCUUGGAGCUGCCCAGCUUGCCCUGGAGGACUCAGGGUGGUAUCCCAAAACCCCAGAGGAACAACUCAGUACAGGGGUGGCUGUUGGCAUGGGCAUGGUGUCACUGGAUGAGAUUGCUCGCACCUCCACUGCCUUCCAAGAAAAGGGCUACAACAAAGUCAGUCCCUUUUUUGUACCCCGCAUCCUUGUCAACAUGGCUGCUGGGCACAUAAGUAUCAAACACAGAUUAAAGGGUCCCAAUCAUGCUGUGUCCACAGCAUGCACCACAGGCGCACACGCAAUAGGUGAUGCUGCCAGAUUCAUUGCCCAUGGGGAUGCAGUUGCUAUGGUUACAGGGGGAACAGAAUCCUGUGUAGGGCCUCUCUCAAUAGCUGGGUUUUCCAGGGCCCGCGCCCUCGCCACCAAAUGGAAUGACAACCCCCCACUAGCGUCAAGACCCUUUCACCCAGAGAGAGAGGGCUUUGUGAUGGGUGAAGGUGCCGCUGUGCUUCUGCUAGAGGAGCUGGACCAUGCAGUGAAGAGAGGAGCCAGAAUCUAUGCAGAGGUCCUGGGUUACGGACUGUCAGGGGAUGCCAGCCACAUCACUGCACCCACUGCAGAUGGAGAUGGUGCAUUCAGGUGCAUGUCUGCCGCCCUUAGAGAUGCUGGCAUCUCACCGUCAGAUGUAACAUAUGUGAAUGCUCAUGCCACAUCCACACCUUUGGGUGAUGCGGCCGAAAAUGCAGCCAUCAAAAGGCUCUUCCAGCAAAGCUCUGAGAGCCUGGCCGUCUCUUCCACCAAAGGAGCCACAGGACAUCUGCUUGGGGCUGCGGGGGCCCUGGAGGCUGCGUUCACUGCUCUGGCUUGCUACCAUGGGGUCCUGCCCCCCACUCUCAACCUGGACCGCACCGAGCCACAUUUUGACCUGAAUUAUGUUCCCUGCACAGCGCAGCCAUGGCGGACUCAGCGCAGGCGGGUCGCCCUCACAAACUCAUUUGGAUUUGGUGGCACCAAUGCUUCACUGUGUCUUGCCAGCAUCUAACAACACACUGAGACUAAUUCUAGACUUUUUAUUAGAAAUGAGAUCUGAUCCUUUGCUUUACCUCUGGUACAACAGAGUUUCACUGAUUGAGUAUUUGUCAGUAAAAUUGAUCAGUCAUGCUACUUGUUGUUUGUGGGAAAUUCUUAUGAACUGAUAAUGUGAAUAAUGUGAAUUUAGAGAGGGUUCUACACAAGUCUGGAGCCUAUUUAACUCCUGAUAUUUCAAUAAAAGCUGCAAAGAUGAAAAACU